AUGGCCUUGCAACUGGCUGCAUCUCCAGCGCAGCCACCCUCCCAGCGACCCAGAUCGAUCCGGCCUUCGCCUCCUCGGGUGGAGAUGCUCUUAGGAGAGUCGACGGCGUUGGAAUGCUUGAAGAAAUUCUGCAAGGCCGUCGUUCGUAUCUUUGGCGGCAUGUAUUUGAGGCGGCCAACAACUGCCGAUGUGCAACGCAUCACUGCAAUGCACGAAGCCCGCCAUGGGUUCCCGGGAAUGUUGGGGAGCCUAGAUUGCAUGCAUUGGGGAUGGAAGAAUUGCCCCGUUGCUUGGCACGGCGCCUACACUCGAGGGGAUCAAGGCGAGCCAACAAUUAUAUUAGAGGUCGUUGCUUCACAAGAUUUGUGGAUCUGGCAUGCAUUCUUUGGAGUCGCUGGGUCCAACAACGACAUCAACGUGCUCCACCAGUCCACGCUAUUCAACGAUGUUUUAGCGGGGCAUGAAGCGGCUGUGCACUUCCUCGCCAACAAUUCUCACCACACUCGAGGAUACUACUUAACAGACGGCAUCUAUCCGGACUGGCCGGUGUUCGUGAAGAGCUUCCAGUUUCCGAACGAUGAGAAGAAGCGGAGGUUCAAGGUGAUGCAAGAAGCUGCAAGGAAGGAUGUGGAACGAGCUUUCGGUGUUCUUCAGGCUCGGUGGGAAGCUGGAAAUGCAAGUAAUUUUGACGGUGACGACGGCGAGGGACCAAGUUCUACUCCUCAAACACAAUUCAAUUCCGGAGCACCACCGGAGUUCGCCGCCUAUUUGGCACGGAAUGCAAGCUUGAAGGAUGCACGAUUGCAUGCUUGCCUCCGCGACGAUUUGGUUGAGCAUAUAUGGGCACGCUUUGGUCCGUUUGACCCGUAG